AUGGCCGCGCUACAAUUUAUUUCCACCGUGCUCAAUAUCCUCCAAACCUUCCUUUCGAUCGCUCUUGCCUGCGUAUCGAUGUGGUUCUUCGUGGAACUGAAGAACAUCACCGAUUUGAGGAACAAGGAUAGAUAUUUAUUGGACUUUACGUUGUACUGGCCUCAAGUGCUCCCAUGGGUCUUCCUCGUCAUCAGCGUCGCAGUCAUCUUCGUCAACCUGUGCGGUUUCUACGGGAUCUGCAGGAAGAACAAAUCGUCCUUGUACGUGUACGUUGUGUUUCUGUCGCUGGUGACCUUGGCAGCGUUCGCCGCCGGUGUGCUCGGGUUUACAUGCGCGGACGCAAAAGAGACAGAUGACUUCAUUUCCGGUGCUGUCAGUGAUGCGUACUCAGAGAUGAAGGUGCGAAAGGAAGUGAUCGACGCGUUCAGCAACAUUGAAAGGCGUUUGAGGUGCUGCGGGAUCCAAGGGUCUUCGGAUUACACUCAGUCGAGGAUUCCGCCAUCUUGCUGCGACUACCAGGAUGCUGCUUUCUGUGAGAACGCUGCCAGCAGGAGGUUGGGAUGCGCUAAGGUCGCCGUGCCGUACACUCGUAUGUUCAUGAGAUACACCUCAGUUGCGUCUCUGGUGAUUGCCAUUUUAAGCGUGGGCAGCUUGAUCGUCGCUAUUUUACUGGUCAGAUCGAGGAAAAGUAAAUCCGAUAGAUUCAAUUCCGCACCUGAACAAGAACCUUUGAAGGUACCUUUGUAA